AUGUUGGUCCAUCAUCCAGUCCUCAGCAAGAUAACCCUCUAAAGUCUUGAGUCCACCAGUUGCUGUUAGUCCCCUGAUGUGGACUAUUUGUGCUGAAGUAGUUUUAAGGGGUCUGUGGUUUGAUCUGAGGGUCACAUGACACAGUCAGCACCAAAGAGGCGUCACUUAGAAACUGCGAACUCAGCAAGGAGGAGGCAGCCCGCUCGCCCGCGUCCUCCAGCGGAUGGAUCCAAUGAAAACGCAGCUGGAUGCUUUUGAUGCUUCUUGUUGCUCGACUCGAGCUGUAACUUUUCUGUGGAAGACCCCCGGAGUCACUGUCCGUGGAUUCUCUGUGCGUCGGCAGUAAAACCACGUCACUCUUUAGAAAAAAACUCCCCCUUUUCCUCCCUGUUGGUCCAACAUCCAGAGUUAAGGAACAACUGGAUAAAGAUUUGGGAUCAGAAGCACAGUCAUCAUGACCGGAUUUCGGCUGAACUUCUCGCCGUUGAAGGAGCCUCUGGGCUUCAUCAAACUGGUGGAGUGGCUCACGGCUGUAUUUGCUUUUGGAAGCUGCGGUGGAUUCUCGGGGAAGAACAUCCUGAGUGUCUUAUGUGGUGAUGGCAGGAAUGAAACUCUCAACGCCAACUUCCACUACCCAUUCAGGUUGAGCCAGGUCCCGCUCAUCGAUGGAAACACCACUGUUUGUAACCACUCCGUCACCUUGACGCACAUGGUGGGAGACUCGGCCUCCUCAGCUGAGUUUUUCGUGGGCGUGGCCAUCAUUUGCUUCCUGCAGAGCAUGGUGGCUCUGCUGGUGUAUUUAGGCUACAUGCACAUUUACAAGAACUCUGAAUUUGGACCCAUUUUGGAUUUUGUUGUCACAGCAAUUCUUGUCUUCCUGUGGCUGGUGAGUUCAUCCGCAUGGGCAAAAGGCUUGCAGAAUGUGAAGUAUGCCACGGACACUGAAGGCCUCAGUGCCACGCUGGAUCUCUGCAAGGAUGGAGGCAUCACCUGUGAGGUCACGGAGUAUGCCAACUUGCGGACGCUCAAUAUUUCAGUGGUGUUUGGCUUCCUCAACAUGUUUGUGUGGGCGAUCAACGCCUGGUUUGUGUACAAGGAGACCCGUUGGCACUCCCAGAAGUUCUCCUCUGCACCUGGACCUGGAAGGCAACACGUCCCUGCAACGAUCUAACACACAACGUAACACAAACACAAACACACAUUCACAUACUAUUACUAGAAGUGUCAGCCUGUGCAUACAACACCUCUAGCACAGAGACCUUCAAUUUGAGCACAUGCACGCACACUCACAUUAUGACAGCAUGUGAAAACAAUAACAUUACUCUUCAAAAAAAAUGAAGGAUGAAUUGAUGAAUGUCAGUUGAAGAACUGAUGGAUUUGGAUUAAUAUAUGUUGGAUUUGGACCUCUUUGAUAAACAGGGCUGAGUUGGCGUUUUGUUCACCAAAGUGUGCCACCAUUCCUUAAACCAUCAUGAACUUGAAAUGAGAAUAGUCCAACUAGACGUAGGAAAUACAGGGAGGGGAAUGUUUUUUGUACAGAUUUUCAUUGCUGGUUUUUUUUCAUCAUUAUUCUUUCCUUUUUCAUAUACAAUAGCAACACCAUUACAUUUAGUUCAUCAAAUGCUUUUAAAAGAGGACACCAGUUUGGCUCUGUCAGUAGAGCAGGCGCCAAAUACACGGAGGCGACUGACUUGACUCUGAUCCUCAGCCCUCUGUUGUGUGUUGGCUUCGCUCUCUCUCCCCUGCAUUUUAAAUUCAUCUCCACUGUCCUCUCAUUAAAAGCAACUAAAAUAGGCCAAAAAUAAAUUUAAAGACACACUAGGGGAUUUGCUACGCUUUAGUAAGCGGGUGUAGAAGUAUGCACACACAAGGACCAAAUAUGUUUUUAUGAACUCUAUUAUGUCUUGAAGGUUUCCUUGACCAGGUCCUAAUGAAGUUUGAGGAACCUGAAGGAAUUUAUGAUGUUUAGUGUGUAUCAAUGAAUGUAAGGCACUUCACACUCUCUGCCUCUAUGCCAUGAAUACCAACCACUAGAUUCAGUUUUUAACAUGAGCAUCUUUAAUGUCGUCUUAGUACAACAGAAAGUACUCUUAAGUGCACUAGGAAUUUUGAUACUUUAUACCAGUGGUUCCCAAAGUGGGGGUCGAAACCCCCCUGGGAGGCCGCAAGACACUGAUGCAGGGGUCGUGAGAUACCUUCCAAAAAAACAAUACAAAUUUAGAAUGAUCUAAAAGGUAAAAGGUAAAACAAUGUGAAUAAAAGAUGGCAACACUUUUCCUCUUUACUUCGUUGCCACAUGUCCCUUAAGGAAAUUAUGCUGCUGCUGCUGCUGCUGCUGCUGGCCUUUUUUAAAUUAUAAAGAAAAGGGGCGCCGUUGGCCUAGUGGUCUAAGCGCGCCCCAUAUACAGAGACUAUAAUCCUUGUCGCAGAGGUCGCGGAUUUGGUUCCAGCCUCGACCAUUUACUGCAUGUCCUCCCUCACUCUCUACUCCCCACAUUUCCUGUCUCUCUUCAGCUGUCCUAUUGAUGAAAAAAAGCUAAAAUGCCCGAAAAUAUAAUUUAAAAAUUAUAAUUAUAAAGAAAAAUGCAUGUUUUUGGAUUGGUGUGCUAGUUCUUGCAUGCGGCUGUGAGCAACUUUUUAACCACCUCAGGUCAAUGGGGGUCUCCGGUCUUCUAGCACUGUUAUUUUGGGGGUUGUACCACGCAACUACAUCAGAAAAUAACAUUCCAUAAUCCCCCCCAUAAUAUAUAGCAAAAAUGUGACUUUAAUUCAAUCUGUCUGUCAUUCAAUGGCUCAGUCACAGUUAGCCUAUUUGCCUCCUGGUGGUUCCUGGCCGGUAUUGCGAUGUGUACCCAAAACUCUCCACUCCACUCAUGAAGCACACUGAUCUGGUGAAUCCAUUUGGAAGUCUCUCUACCCUGCACCAGUUCUCCUUCCGUAGUCCAAACUUUGCAGACAAAGAGGUGGAUUGUAAAGUGGCCUGCAACCAAAACAUCAUGAAGGUUAUUUGCACAUUUGUUAGUAUGAAGUUCUUCAAGUCACCGUGCACUUGUACAUUGCUUAGUGUGCUUUCAUGCCGUCUUCUAAAGGGUUAUUAUGAGAGUGAGAUUUGUAAGGAGAACUUGAAUGAGGGUGAGUUUAGGAACAUCUUUCAAAUGAUUGAAUUUCUUUUAAGGUACUAUUUGAAGGUAAAUAAUGUUGUUACUCUUCAUUCACCUCUUUUUACUAUUUUAGAUUUAUGUCACGUAUCUCUGGUUUUAAAUCAUUUAUUUCGCUGUUGUUUUUUGAUUGUUUAGAGCUUUUAAAUACUUCAUUAGUCACCUGACUGUGACCUCAUGUUGCAUUCAUGACCCUCUUUUUUAUUUUCGGUGUGUGGAUGUUGUUUGCCAAAAUUUCUGAUUUAAUUUGUUGUUUUUUGUCCUUUGCUUUUUGUAAGUUGGAUUUGAAACAUAAGUGUGUGUGGUGUGGUGUACUGGUUAUACCCCUGCACUCUCAGUAAUCAUCAUCCAACGUUAGCUCUACCUUUGCCAAUGAUUCUUUGCAUUUAACCUACCAGAGUGACAGAUGUUCACUCUGUGGCAUGCACAGUUUCCAUGUACAGUUACAGUGCCUUUGUUUUUCAAUAAAAUGUUUUUUUUCAUGA